GAGGCUGCGCACGCGACGCUCGUGUCUUAGCGAAGUGCAGCAUGUGGUGUGUGUGGUUCCUAGCUUGCGUGAGCUCGGCGCUCGCCAGCGUCGUUGAUAUCAAUGACACGGUGUUCGCGACGCUGCCACCCCUGUACGGGCUGGACGAGUGGUCGCAGUGCCAGCGUGAUGGUGACGUGUACUGCAUCGUGGACGCCGCGCUCUACUCCCCACGACCCUCGCCUGCCAUGAUGCUGCUGCAGGACUACUCAGCGCAGAAACUGAAGCACUACAACAGGACACUCAUCCACCGAGGAGUGUGCGUCUCUCGCUGUGGACAGCAGAACCAGACGUCCGGGUGGCAGGACGCGGCGCAAGCCUGUGUCAACAGCAGCGUCCAGCAGUAUGGACUGGAGGCUAUAGUGGAAUCAGUAGGAUACUGCAGCGUCGCCGGCGCCGGCGCAGGCGGGCUGGGCCCGGCGCGGUCGCUGGGCGUGCUGGCCACGAUCCUGGCGGCGCUGGCGUGUCUGGCCACCGCCGUGCACGUGCUCGGCGACCGCUGCGCUAAGGCUCACUGCAACAGGUAUUUGCUGGCGUUCUCCCUGAAGCGUAACUUUGAUAUCCUCACGUACGACCGCAGCAAGCCCCGCACGGACGACCGCAUGAAAGACGUCGCAUGCAUCGAAGGCAUCAGGUUCCUAGGAAUGCAGUGCGUGAUAUUCUCUCACGUGAUGCUGAUGUAUAUCUACUCAUACAUUGACAACCCGCAAUUCGUUGAAAGGAUGUAUGACAACUUCACAUGGCAGACAGUGCUGAACUCGCCGCUGUGGCUGCAGGCGUUCUUCGCGAUGUCGGGCUUCCUCACCGCCUACGCCACGCUCAUCUCCUCGCCCACCAAGCCCAUCACCUUCUACAAGUGCUUGAUGUCUAUUCUUAAUCGGUGGAUCAGACUGACCCCGCUGGCAGUGUUCGCGCUCUGGUUUACAGUGGCCUGGUUCCCCCUGCUCGGGGCAGGUCCGCAGUGGGGCUGGCUGGUGACGCGCGAGGCGCAGGACUGCUCGGAGCGCUGGUGGUACCACGCGCUCUACGUGCACAACCACCUGCCUACUGGCAAGUUCUGUAUGGGACAUACUUGGUACUUAGCAGCAGACAUGCAGCUCCACAUCAUCGGCAUCUUCCUCCUGCUGGUCCUGAUGCGGUACCGCCGCGCCACAGUGCCGGUGCUGCUGCUGCUGGUGGUCGGCUCCUCAGUGACAGCCGGACUGGUGGUCUACUUUAACGACUUGACGCCUAUCGUCACUGCACAGACGCCUGAAGUCCUGCGCACCAUGUUCGCUGGCUCCAAAAUCCUGACGCUCCUGUACCUGCCGUGCUGGAUGAACCUGCCGGGCUACGUGGGCGGCAUCGCCACCGCCUUCAUACUCUACCACAACAAUGUCAAGGGGGAUAUCAAGCUUAAGGAUAGCAAGUGGUUUAACAUCUUGUUCCACUCGUCCCUCCUCCUGGGCAGCUGCGUUCUCCUCUGUGGCACGGUGUUCCUGUCGGACAGCUCCCCGUCCGCGUGGGCCAGCGCGGUGUACGCGGCGCUGGACAGGCCGCUGGUGGCGGUGUUCUUCUCUGUCUUCAUGCUCGGCUGCUUCUCUAGGUGUCAUUCUCUACUCCGCGACGCACUAGAAUGGCGCGGGUUCCACAUCCUGGGCCGGUUAUCAUACUGCGUGUUCCUGGUGCACUUCAUCGUGCUGCGCCUCACGCUUGCAGCUAACACACAGCUCGGACAUGCCACGCCUCUUAAUAUGAUAUCCCUCCUAAUAACAUCAUCAGUACUCAGCUACGUAGUAUCAGUACCGCUGUGCCUACUGGUGGAGCUACCUCUCAUACAACUAUGGAAGGCAGCCACGGACCCCGACGGACCUGAGCGAAGACCCUCCAUAGACCCCACUGACAAACGAGUGGAAAUUGGCAGUAACACCAGGAAUGAGGCUUGAUGAUGAUGAAGAAAAUGAUGAGAGUGAAGAAGAAAAGGUGGCUGAUGAUGUAACUAAGGUGUGUAUGGUGAUGACAGCUAAAGUUGAUCGAGUACCUGAAGUGCUUAGUAUACUUAUAGAAACUAAAGUCUUUUGUAUAUAUUAGUGUAAAAAAGUUUUUUACUUAUAGAUAUUACUGUAGAUAAAAUAGUAGCUAGUUUUGUACUUUGUACCAUUGUAAAUAUUAUUGUUAAGAAUGAUAAAGUUUUUGUAAAGAUUGACACAGAAUAAUAAUGCAAAUGAGAUUAAGUUGUUACGUUCUAAUCAUGUGUUACUCAAUAUUCUAAUUCGUGGGUUACUCAAUAUGUACUCCUAUGUAUAUUGUUAAAUAAACAAACAACAGUAAUGAUACUGAUAAGAAUAAAUGAACAUGAACUGAUAAGAAUAUGGAUAAAUGCACAGACACAAAUAAACUGUGAUGUGAGGUCCGGGACAAGAAGCUUUGCUAGAUAAUCAAAAAUAAGAUUCAAAUACUUAGAAUAGAACGGAUGUAAAGGAAUCGUUAGAUCUUAAAUGUUUUUAUAUUAAAAAUGUUUAUUUUGUAUAAGGAACUCAAUAAAGAAACUAUAUUUUUUUA